AUGGAUACUAAAGAAAUCGAAGAAAGCGCAAUUGGAUAUGCUGAGAAAAAGGUAAGCCAUAAUAUGGAAAAACGUGAAGACCUCAAUGAAAAUGCUAACGAAAAAACAGCACAUAUAACUGGCAAACAAAUGAAGGAGGUACUAGACACAUUUUCCAAAAGUGAAAAAAAUGAAAAUCUUAUAAAUAUGCCUAUUAGUACGGUUAAUAAAAAGAAGACUAAUUGUGAUGAUGGAAGUAUAAGGGGAAAUGAUUUCUGCCAUAAUACAGAAAAAGGAAUUUCCACAAAUGUGUUAAAACUCAAAAGAGGUAAAUCAACGGAAGAAAAUAAAACAAAUAUUCCUAAGCCUAGUACUGUUACUACAUCAAUAAAUAUGAAUAGCUCUGGAUAUAGUAAUGACGAAAUAGUGAGUAAUGAAGAAGCUGGAGAAAAAUGUGAAACCCUUUUAGAGUUAAUCAGUAAAAAAUCAUUAUUAGAAAAUGAUAAAAUAAAAAAAAAUAUAUCAUCAAAAAACUUUUAUAUAAUUGAUGAAGAUAUGCUUGCAAAUAUAAUUAUAAUAUUUGAUAAAAUUAUAUCAAAAUUAAUAUAUUUUUAUAAAAAAAAUAAUUUUGAUAGUGAUAAACAGAUUGAACAUUUUCAUAAUUUUUUUAAAGUCCUAUAUAAAUUAUUAAGCAAUAUAAGUUAUUAUCCUAAAGAUGAAAAAUAUAAAAUAAUCAAAAUGUGUAAUAACCAAAUCAAAAAAACAUUUUUAACAAGUGAUGAUAUUUUUAACUUAGUCAAAUUAUUAUUUGAAAUUCUUAACUUUAACACGAACUAUUUUAAUAGUGAUACGGAAAUUGGAAAUAAGAAAAAUCAAGAAAAUCCAAUUAAAACUGAUAAUAAUAAAGAUAGUAGUGAUAAUAAUAAAGAUAGUAGUAAUAAUAAUAAAGAUGGUAGUAAUAAUAAUAUAGACAAUGAGAUAUGGAAAUUUGAAAAUGAAUUUUCUGAUGUUGAAUCGAUUUUAUUUGAAUUUGUUUUAUCCACUAUCAAUAUAAUUAUGGGAAUGAUAAAUAAAAAGAUUCAUUCAUCAAAUAAUGAAAACGAAAUUAAGUCUAAUAAAAAAAGUGAUGCAGAUAUUAAAGGGGGAUAUAAUAGAGAUCCUAUAAAAAGUUCUAUAUCCAACCAUAAUUCAAAUAAAAUAUUAAACAAUGAAGCAAAAAAUAAAUUAAUAGAAAAACAUGUUAAUAAUAUUAUGUCUACUAAUCAUAAACUACUUGGGAUUCGCCAAAAAGAUAUUGCAGAAAAAAAUGCUCUAAAUGAUAUUCGAAAAUUACAUAAUGAAAAAUUUAAUGCCUAUAGAAAUAAUGAUGGAUAUAAGGAUAAAAAUGACAAAAAAAAAUCUAGCUUAUUUAGUAAUAAAUAUGAUCAUGAAAAAAAUAGUAUCAAAAAAGGUGGAAAAAAAAUAAAAAGCUUUUUUAAAAACUUGUUUAAAAAGGAUUAA